AUGCGAGGCUCCCACCUUCUCCCCAAGCAAUUGCGCUCCCUGGGCAAAACCGACAGCUGGCUAAACCGCACUGUCACUUCCAACCUCCUUGCUAUCUCCAACCUCGCUUGCCAACACCCGAUUCACACCGUUGUCGCAAUCGCAUUGUUCGCCAGUACCUCUUACGUCGGUCUGCUGCAAGAAAGUUUGUUUGACAGCGGCAUUAAAUCGUUACAACAUAAUGGAAGAGUAGAUGUGGAGGCUUUGUUACAAGGAAGCAGAACAUUGGAACUAUCAGAGAGAACAGCAUGGAAGUGGCAAUUCCCAGACGAUUCCAGCGUCCCUUUGGCGCCUCUGGGCUUCAACCAUUACGCUUUGACAACCUUUGUAUUCCCAGACUCUUCCUCGUCUCAGCUGGCUCCUGAUGCCAAUGCUGUUCCGGUACCGGCAAAUGUCACGGCGACUGGUAUCCCGACCACUUCCCAUUUGCUCUCGCCUAUAUCGCAUGAUACUUCCCUGGCCUUUUAUACCUCAUUUUCAGAGCUUCCUGAUUUCUUGCGCGCUGUCCAGGAGCUCCCGACACAACAUGAGCGGUCCGAUGAUGAAGGCCGCCCGUCUUGGACCAUGAAAGGUGUUCGCCUAAAUGGAAACAGCUCACGUGGUGCCUACCGAACAUGGCUGAGUGAAGGCUGGACCUCUUUUGUCGACCUGCUAAAACAUGCCGAAACCUUGGACAUUAUCAUCAUGUCGCUCGGGUACUUGUCCAUGCACCUCACGUUUAUCUCCCUUUUCCUGUCCAUGAAACGUCUCGGUUCGAAUGCCUGGUUGGCUAUCUCAGUCUUGUUUUCGAGUCUGUUCGCGUUCCUCUUCGGGUUGGUGACUACAACCAAGCUCGGGGUCCCGAUCAAUAUGGUUUUGUUGUCAGAAGGCCUCCCUUUUUUGGUGGUCACAAUCGGGUUCGAAAAGUCCAUCAUUCUCACAAAGGCUGUUUUGUCUGCGUCUUAUGACAAGAAUCGGCGAGGCCCUGAGACCGGAGCGGCGAACGGCAGCGCCAGUGGCCCAGUGGCUACGACAAUUGGCCCGAAUUCCAUCCAAGAUGCUAUCCAGAUCGCAGUCAGGGAUACUGGGUUUGAGAUUGUCCGGGACUACGCCAUUGAGAUUGCAAUUCUCAUUCUGGGUGCUGCUUCGGGCAUCCAAGGUGGGCUCAGGCAAUUCUGCUUCUUGGCUGCUUGGAUCUUGGUGUUUGACUGCCUUCUACUUUUUACCUUCUAUACGACAAUCCUGUGCAUCAAGCUGGAGAUCAAUCGUAUCAAACGACACGUUGCCCUGCGCAAAGCGCUCGAGGAAGACGGAAUAAACCAACGGGUCGCUGAAGACGUUGCGACAAGCAAUGAUUGGCCUAGCGGCCAGACAAGUCAAGCAGGUGCCUUCAACAUCUUCGGGCAGAAGAUCAAGGCCAGCAGUGUGCCCAAGUUCAAGAUUUGGAUGGUGACUGGCUUCGUCAUCAUCAACGUGAUCAACCUGUGCACAAUACCUUUCCGGACUGCGCGAAGCAUCAAAGCGCCUGGGCCUGCUAUUCCCAGUGUUUUGACCCCAGCACCUAUCGACCCUUUUAAAGUGGCCGAAAACGGCUUGGACGCGAUCUAUGUCGCUGCAAAGAGUCAGAAACUCGAUACCUAUGUUACCGUUCUACCACCAAUCAAAUACGAGCUCGGUUACCCUUCAACUGCUCGCUCCGACUCGCCAGAUGAUCUUGGAUUCUUUGAGUCCGAUUAUACGGAUCAGUUCCUCAACGUGGUCGGCGGGAGAGUGAUAGAGAGUUUGCUCAGCAGCCUCGAGGAUCCCGUGCUUAGCAAAUGGGUUUUGAUCGCGCUCACGCUCAGUUUGAUCCUGAACGGUUAUUUGUUCAAUGCUGCCCGUUGGAGCCUCAAAGAAUCACAAUCCGCAACGAGUUCGCCCGCCGCAUCUAAGCCCCCACAAUUGGAGUUGCCCUCGACACCGAAACCCCGAAAAGUCAGCCUUGACGUCUCGCAGAACUCAGACAGGUCACGAGCAGAAUGCGAGCAGAUGCUGAAGGACAAAAAGGCCGCGUUCCUCACAGACGAGGAAUUAAUUGAUUUGUCACUCCGAGGAAAGAUUCCAGGCUAUGCCAUCGAGAAGACGCUGGAAAACACCGAGGUCAUGACCCGAGGGGAAGCAUUCAUUCGGGCUGUCAAGGUCCGUAGAGCAGUUGUAUCGAGGACACCCACGACCAAGAAUUUUGCCUCUGUACUGGAAGCUUCAAAGGCUCCGUACCGAGACUACAACUACGAGCUCGUCCAUGGGGCAUGUUGUGAGAAUGUCAUUGGUUACUUGCCUGUUCCUCUGGGGGUUGCCGGCCCGUUGAUCAUUGAUGGUGAGAGCUACUUCUUGCCCAUGGCCACUACCGAAGGCGUGCUUAUAGCAAGCACUAGUCGAGGGUGUAAAGCCAUCAAUGCUGGUGGUGGAGCCGUCACCGUUGGUACUGGCGAUGGGAUGACCCGAGGUCCAUGUGUUGGCUUUCCCACUUUGGCUAGAGCGGGUGAAGCGAAAGUGUGGCUUGACUCGGAAGAAGGGCAGCGAAGGAUGCGCGAGGCUUUCAAUUCUACAAGCCGAUUUGCUCGGUUACAGUCGAUGAAGACGGCUUUGGCCGGGACCUAUCUCUACAUCAGAUUCAAGACGACCACUGGUGAUGCAAUGGGCAUGAACAUGAUCUCUAAAGGAGUUGAGAAGGCCCUUUCGGUCAUGGCCACAGAGUGCGGGUUUGAUGACAUGGCGACGAUAACCGUGUCUGGGAAUUUCUGCACCGACAAGAAGCCCGCGGCGAUAAACUGGAUUGACGGAAGAGGUAAAGCCGUGGUUGCAGAAGCCAUCAUCCCAGGAGAUGUGGUACGCAGUGUUCUCAAGAGCGAUGUGGAUGCGCUUGUAGAGCUCAACGUGGCCAAAAACCUCAUCGGCAGUGCGAUGGCGGGCAGUAUCGGCGGCUUCAAUGCCCACGCCUCCAACAUUGUCACGGCCAUGUUCUUGGCCACAGGUCAAGAUCCGGCUCAAAAUGUUGAGAGUUCUAACUGUAUUACCAUCAUGAAGAACAACAAUGGCAACCUCCAAAUCAGUGUGUCGAUGCCCUCGAUUGAAGUGGGCACCAUUGGCGGAGGGACCAUUCUCGAGGCACAAUCUACCAUGCUUGAAAUGCUUGGAGUGCGAGGUGCUCAUCCGACAAACCCAGGGGACAACGCUCGAAAAUUAGCCAGAAUCAUUGCAGCUGGAGUUCUCGCGGGAGAGCUCAGUCUCUGCAGCGCCCUCGCGGCCGGCCAUCUGGUCAGGGCACACAUGGCACACAACCGCAGCACGGCACCCACGCGGGCAACCACGCCAGUGUCGGCAGCUGUAGAGCCUUUUCUGCGAGCUCAAAACGGACCAAGUAUACCUUCCUCUCUGAAAAUGACGAAUGGAAGAUGA